CGCUCUCCUCUUUUUGCCUCGCGCCUGCUCCGGGCCCCCGCCGCCUCCGCAGCUGAGCGCGAGGAGCCCGGGAGCGCGUGCGCGAGCCCCCAGUGCCAGUGCAGCAGCGGCAGCAAACGGCGGCAGCGGCGGCGGCCGCCUCUUGUUUACCAGCAUUCACUCUGCCCCGUGCAAGCGAGCGAGCGAGCAACGGCGCGAGGGGGAGACCUGGCAGCAGCGCGGUGCAAGCCCUGCUGCAAAGAACAGCGACAGACUUAAAUCCCGAGCAGCAGCAGCGGGGCCUCCCCUUGCACCCUCCCCGCUUGGAGGCAUUACGGACCCCUUUGCAACAAGCGCCUGGGCUUUGACCUUCAGCCAACCGGAUCUCUCCCCCUUCCCGCUACGACCCUCCCCCUCACCCCCGCACACUCCCCCCCGGCUUGGGUGGGACGAGAAGCGGGCAGGGUUUGCAGCGCGCACGCCCCGGGUUCAGUUUUGUUUGGGUUUUUGCGCUCGCAGGGAUGCGAGGAGGCGAGCAGCAGCAGCAAGAGGAGGAGGAGGAGAAGUGCUGAGCGGCUCAGCUCUCCCUGCUGCCGCUUUGUGUGUGUCCUGGAUUUUUUUUUUUUAGCGGGGGGGAAGGAGCCGGUGGCAGCCGCGCUGAGACGAGGAAGAGGGGGAGGCCUUUUCAUUCAUUUUUAUUCCGCGUUUGUAGGGUCUUCAGCCACCUGGACUUACUGGGUGUGUUUUUUUGUACUGUGGGGGAAGCUUGAAAGGGGGAAUCCCUAUGGAGCAGUCUCAGGUCUCUGCUUAGGGGAAUAAUCUCCAGUCUCGGGAAGCUGUAUUUCCUCCUCUCUCAUAAGAUUGCUUUGGACCCCCCCCCCUUUCCCAUCCAUUUUUUUUUUGCGUGUGUUUGCUGCGCCUGUGUGGUGUUUGAAAAUGGAGGCUGAAGAUACAGACUGCCAGCCCCAAUGUGCUUCAUGUUUGCUACUUCUGGGCACAUUGUAUCACUGCAGGCAGCGCUGAGGGGGAGUGUUGCUUCGCCCUUUCUGGGGGGGCCCAGCCCACAUUUUCAUUGUUGUCUGUGGGUGGCUUCUCCGGAAGAACAGCAGCUAGGGAAAUAAAAAACCUUUUAAUUUUCAAACCCAAAGGGGUGGUUUUUGUGUGGGAGGAGGAGGUUAUUUUCCCCUCCCUAGGUCUCCCCCCACCCUCCCAAUUUAUAGUUCUUCUGUGUGAGUGGAGGGGGAGAAAUUUGGACUUCUUUUUUUUUUUUUUAGGGAAAGGGGGAUUUUGUCCGUAAUUUAAAAAAAAAGGAAUGAAGUCUGGCGCUGGAGGAGGGUCCCUGACCUUAUUCUGGGGGUUUCUGCUCUUCUUUGCCACACUUUGUCUGUGGCCAACAAAUGGAGAAAUUUGUGGGCCAAAUGUCGACAUUCGCAAUGAUAUCCAUGAGCUGAAGCGCUUAGAGAACUGCACGGUAAUUGAGGGUUUCCUCCAGAUUCUGCUAAUCUCCAAGGCAGAGGACUACCGCAACUUCCGCUUCCCAAAGCUCACAGUUAUCACCGACUACUUGCUGCUGUUCCGCGUGGCAGGCUUAGAGAGCCUCAGCGAUCUCUUUCCCAACCUCACGGUCAUUCGCGGGCGGAACCUCUUCUACAACUAUGCCCUGGUUAUCUUUGAGAUGACUAACCUCAAAGAAAUUGGGCUUUACAAUCUGAGGAACAUCACCCGAGGGGCCAUCCGGAUCGAGAAAAACUCUGACCUGUGUUACCUCUCCACGGUGGACUGGUCUCUGAUACUAGAUGCAGUGUCCAACAACUACAUAAUUGGGAAUAAACCUUCAAAGGAGUGUGGGGACUUGUGUCCAGGGACGAUGGAAGAGAAGCCAUUGUGUGAGAAGACCUCCAUUAACAAUGAGUACAACUACCGCUGCUGGACCACCAACCACUGCCAGAAAAUGUGCCCCAGCGCUUGUGGCAAACGGGCUUGCACAGACCAAAAUGAAUGUUGCCAUCCCGAGUGCUUGGGGAGCUGCACUGCACCCGACAACAACACGGUUUGUGUGGCCUGCCGCAAUUAUUACUACGAAGGAAUCUGCGUACCCACCUGCCCACCGAACACCUACAAGUUUGAAGGCUGGCGCUGCGUUACUAAAGACUUCUGUUCCAAAGUCCCUGCUACAGAGAUAAGUGACUAUGAGAAGUUUGUGAUCCACAAUGAUGAGUGCAUGGCAGAGUGCCCUUCUGGAUUCAUACGCAACGGAAGCCAAAGCAUGUUCUGCAGCCCCUGCGAAGGGCCUUGCCCAAAAAUCUGUGAGGAAGAGAAAACAAAGACCAUUGAUUCCGUCACAUCAGCACAAAUGUUGCAGGGAUGCACCGUCCUCAAGGGGAAUCUGCUUAUUAACAUCCGCCGUGGGAACAAUAUUGCUUCUGAGCUGGAGAAUUUUAUGGGUCUGAUAGAAACAGUAACUGGGUAUGUGAAGAUCCGCCAUUCCCAUGCGCUAGUCUCCCUCUCUUUCUUGAAGAAUCUGCGAUAUAUUUUGGGAGAGGAACAGUUGGAUGGGAAUUAUUCUUUCUAUGUGCUGGACAACCAGAAUCUGCAACAGCUGUGGGACUGGAACCACCACAACCUGACGAUCAAAGAGGGGAAAAUGUACUUUGCGUUUAAUCCCAAACUGUGUGUGUCUGAGAUUUACCGCAUGGAGGACGUGUCGGGAACCAAGGGACGGCAGAGUAAAGGAGAUAUAAAUCCAAGAAACAAUGGGGAGAGAGCCUCUUGCGAAAGCCACAUUCUGAAUUUUGUCUCCAACACCACCCUGAAGAACCGGAUUAAGCUCACCUGGGAGCGGUAUCGUCCUCCAGAUUACAGAGAUCUUAUUAGCUUCACUGUUUACUACAAAGAGGCACCAUUCAAGAAUGUGACAGAGUAUGAUGGGCAAGAUGCUUGUGGUUCUAAUAGCUGGAACAUGGUGGAUGUUGAUCUGCCCCCAAACAAAGAGAACAACCCUGGGAUUUUACUGCAGGGACUGAAACCUUGGACUCAAUAUGCCAUUUAUGUCAAGGCUGUUACUCUCACAAUGAUGGAGAAUCAUCACAUCCAUGGAGCAAAGAGUGAAAUAGUCUAUAUACGCACCAAUGCUGCAGUGCCAUCUAUCCCACUGGAUGUUAUUUCCGCAUCUAAUGCCUCUUCUCAGCUAAUAGUGAAAUGGAAUCCACCCUCUCUCCCCAAUGGCAACCUGUCCUACUAUAUUGUACGGUGGCAGCAGCAGCCUCAGGACAGUUAUCUUUACCGACAUAACUACUGCUCCAAAGAUAAAGUCCCAAUUCGGAGAUAUGCUGAUGGGACCAUUGAUACAGAAGAAGCUACCGAACCCACCAAGCCAGAAGGGAGUGGGGGAGAAAAAGGACCUUGCUGUGCUUGCCCCAAGACAGAGGCAGAGAAGCAGGCUGAGAAGGAGGAGGCAGAGUACCGGAAAGUCUUUGAGAACUUCCUGCAUAACUCCAUCUUUGUGCCCAGACCUGACCGGAAGCGCAGGGAUGUGUUCCGAAUCGCAAACACCACUGUUGCCAGUAGGAACAAGAACACAACGGUGCCAGAUCACUUCGCCAAUGUGUCUGAUGUGGAGGAGAGCGAGAUGGAAUAUCCAUUCUAUGAGAGCAAAGUGGAGGGCCGGGAGAGGACGCUCAUCUCGCACCUCCAGCCUUUUACUCUUUACCGUAUUGAUAUUCACAGCUGCAACCAUGAAGCAGACACACUUGGGUGCAGUGCUUCCAACUUUGUCUUUGCAAGAACCAUGCCUGCAGAAGGAGCAGAUAACAUUCCAGGAACAGUAACGUGGGAAGGCAAAGAAGAUAAUGCCAUCUAUCUGAAGUGGUCAGAACCUGUAAGCCCUAAUGGAUUGAUACUGAUGUAUGAAAUCAAAUAUGGGCAGCAUGGAGAGGAGAAACGGGAAUGUGUUUCUAGACAGGAAUACAGGAAGUUUGGAGGAGCCAAACUAACUCAUCUAAACCCUGGAAACUAUUCUGCCAGAGUUCAGGCCACCUCUCUAGCUGGAAAUGGAUCAUGGACUGAACCAGUGUCUUUCUAUGUACAACCCAAACCGGCAGACUAUGGGAAUUUCCUGCACUUGAUAAUUGUGCUCCCCAUUGCAGUGCUGCUGAUCAUUGGAGGUUUGGUAAUAAUGCUGUACGUCUUUAACAAAAAGAGGAACAGUGACCGACUAGGCAAUGGAGUGCUUUAUGCUUCUGUGAACCCUGAGUACUUCAGUGCUUCUGAUGUAUACGUUCCGGAUGAGUGGGAAGUGCCCCGGGAGAAGAUCACCAUGUGCCGGGAGCUUGGGCAGGGCUCCUUUGGAAUGGUUUACGAGGGAAUAGCUAAGGGAGUGGUGAAGGACGAACCAGAAACUAGAGUGGCCAUCAAAACUGUCAAUGAGUCUGCAAGCAUGCGUGAACGGAUAGAGUUCUUAAACGAGGCCUCAGUCAUGAAGGAGUUCAAUUGUCAUCAUGUGGUGCGGCUGCUUGGAGUCGUCUCGCAAGGCCAACCAACACUGGUUAUCAUGGAGCUCAUGACACGCGGGGAUCUCAAGAGUUAUCUGAGAUCUCUGCGGCCGGACACAGAGAAUAACCCAGGCCAGUCUCCUCCAACUCUGAAGAAGAUGAUUCAGAUGGCAGGAGAGAUUGCUGACGGCAUGGCAUACCUCAACGCCAACAAAUUUGUGCACAGGGAUCUCGCUGCAAGGAAUUGCAUGGUGGCUGAAGAUUUCACUGUAAAAAUUGGAGAUUUUGGCAUGACCAGAGAUAUCUACGAGACAGAUUACUAUCGGAAAGGAGGGAAAGGUUUGCUUCCUGUGCGCUGGAUGUCCCCAGAGUCACUGAAGGAUGGAGUCUUCACAACACAUUCAGACGUCUGGUCCUUUGGUGUUGUCCUAUGGGAAAUUGCAACAUUAGCAGAGCAGCCAUACCAAGGCAUGUCCAAUGAGCAAGUUCUUCGCUUCGUGAUGGAGGGAGGCUUAUUGGAGAAACCAGACAACUGUCCUGAUAUGCUUUUUGAGUUGAUGCGGAUGUGCUGGCAGUACAACCCCAAGAUGAGGCCCUCCUUCCUGGAAAUAAUCGGUAGCAUUAAGGAUGAGCUGCAUCCAGCAUUCAAAGAGGUCUCCUUCUUCUACAGCGAAGAGAACAAGCCUCCAGACACCGAGGAACUCGAUCUGGAGACUGAAAACAUGGAGAGCAUUCCUUUAGAUCCCUCCUCCACCCUCCAACCCACUGACAAGCACUCAGGACACAAAGCUGAGAACGGCCCAGGCGUGGUGGUGCUGCGGGCCAGCUUUGAGGAGAGACAGCCGUACGCGCAUAUGAACGGAGGACGCAAGAACGAACGGGCCUUACCUUUGCCCCAGUCUUCGGCCUGCUGAUCCUUAAAACCCAGAAUCUCACAAACACACACAUGUUGGGGAAGAAAGACAGAAAAGAAAAUAUAUUCAAAAGCCUACUGUACCUCAGUGGAUCUUCAGAACUGCCAUAGCUGCACACGGGAGAAUCCUCUUUUCAGUAAACAAGAUAGUUUUUUCUUUGUUCAAUAUGCAAGCAGAUGUUUAUUUCAUAAAGGACUCUGUUCAGUGGGGCGCACAGUCAGCCUUUUAAAACUCUAAUGUUAACACUUAAUAGCAACAGAAAACUUGAGAUCUGAUGUCUCUCUCUUCUCUUUCUCUCUCUCUCUCUCUUUUUCUUUCUGCUUCAUAAUGGGAAACAUAUCUGCGUGCAAGUUCAACCAUACAGCACUUUUAUCAGAUCAAAGAAAUUGCAGGCCAGGUGGCUCCCCUUUAGCCCUUGCAACACCUGCUUAACACUGUAGGUCUUUAUAAAAACAGAAUUGAAAAAAAAAAAAAGGACUGGAUUUUUAAUGUUACUCUAACCUUUUUAGGAACAUGUAAAAGAAUUUAAAAAGGGCCAUCAUUCGUCCAAGGUUGUUACCAUUUUCAACGCUGCCAAAUUUUGCCAAAAAAAAACCUGAACUUUUUUGGGGUGGUGGUGGUUUUGUUUCACGGGGGGGGUGGGGGUUGUUUGUUUUUUGUAGGCUUGGAAGGAGCACAGUAAUCAACUGCUCCAUUUAAAAGAGAUACUGACCAAUACACUCCAUUCAAUCAUACACUGGUAUUUAAAAAAAAAAUCAGAUUGUCUAGAUCUUUUUUUAAACUGGACAAAACAUGAUUUGUUUUCUCAUGAUGGAGAGGAAAGGGGGGCGGGGUUUAGAAAUAGCCCUCCCUCCACCCGCCCUCCCCCACCAA